UUUAUGUCAAUCAAAUGUUUACCCUCGAGCGGUUGUCGCCUUUUUUUCUUCCCUGAAACUGGUCAGUGUUAUGUCAAGGCGUCCUGUAGCAGAAGCCCCGCGUUAAAGAAUGUGAAUAAAUUUGUUACAAGGCAGCACAACCAUCAGCCAGACCUCAAAAUAUGGACGUGCAGAACCAGGAGUGUCUGGGGAGAUGGGAUGGGCUGGGCAGCCGGGAUCCCAGCUCCAGAACGGCAGCCAUGGAGCAUAUCCGCCAGGAGGUUAUGAGGAGGGUGGAGGUGAUUGAACCUAUCCUGCCAUCGGACCCCUCACCCCCAGUGACGGGGAGCCCCCCCACCAGUGACCUGAAUGACACCUUGGCUCACCUCCUCAUGCUCUCCAAACGAUGUCCGUUUGAAGACGUCAGAGAAAGAUGCCUUCAUCUUCUGCAAGUUGUCCAGGAUUUGGGAGUGAGGAUCCCAAGACCACUGGGUAACGGACCAAGCAGAUUUAUCCCUGAAAAAGAGAUUCUUCAAGUCAGUAAAGUGGACUCCAGGACGCAGUCGAUAUUUGAGGAUGCUUUUGCAGCCCUCGGUCGCCUUGACAACAUUUCCCUGGUGAUGGGCUUCCACCCGCGGUACCUGGAGAGUUUUCUCCGGACACAGCACUACCUGUUGCAGAUGGAUGGACCCCUGCCUUUGCACUACCGGCACUACAUCGGCAUUAUGGCAGCAGCUAGACACCAGUGCUCCUACCUGGUCAACCUGCAUGUGAAUGAUUUCCUCCAGGUUGGAGGGGAUCCCAAGUGGCUGAACGGGCUCGAUGAAGCGCCGCAGAAGCUGCAGCAGCUUGGCGAGAUCAAUAAAAUCCUGGCUCAUCGACCCUGGCUGCUCACGAAGGAACACAUUGAGCAUCUUCUGAAGGCAGAGGAACACAGUUGGUCCUUAGCAGAGCUGAUUCACGCAGUCGUCCUCCUCACGCACUACCAUUCCCUCGCCUCCUUCACCUUCGGUUGCGGCAUCACUCCAGAGAUCCACUGCGACGGCGGCCACACAUUCAGACCCCCCUCCCUCAGCCAGUAUUGUGUGUGUGACAUUGCCAAUGGCAACGGCCAUGCUAAUCACCACAAUGACCCGCUAGGCGACGAGGAGAUGUGCGGCGAGGUGGAGGUGUUGAUGGAGCGGAUGAAGAAGCUGCAGGAGUGUCACGAUGAUGAGGCCAGUCAGGAGGAGAUGGCGACUCGCUUCGAGAGAGAGAAGACUGAGAGCAUGUUGGUGGGGACGGCCGAGGAUGAGGAGUGCGUCCCUUCCAGAGACAUCUCCCGGCACUUUGAGGACCCCAGCUAUGGCUACAAGGACUUCUCCAGGAGGGGAGAACACGUGCCCACAUUCAGAGCCCAGGACUACAGCUGGGAGGACCAUGGUUUCUCUCUGGUCAACCGACUUUACCCUGAUGUUGGUCAGAUGCUGGAUGAGAAGUUCCAGAUGGCCUACAAUCUGACGUACAACACUAUGGCAACGCACAAGGAUGUGGACACCAGCAUGCUGCGCCGGGCAAUCUGGAACUACAUCCACUGCAUGUUCGGCAUCAGAUACGAUGACUACGACUACGGGGAGAUAAACCAGCUUCUGGACCGUAGCUUUAAGAUCUAUAUAAAAACCACGGUGUGUAGUCCUGAGAAAACCACCAAACGAAUGUAUGAGAGUUUUUGGAGGCAGUUUCAACACUCCGAGAAGGUCCACGUUAAUCUGCUUCUUAUGGAAGCACGCAUGCAAGCAGAACUUCUUUACGCCCUGAGAGCGAUCACCCGCUACAUGACAUGAAGUGCUUUUAGUGUUUUUAUCAUUGUCUUUUUACUGUCAUUGUAGUAGCUCAUUAUGUGACAUUUCAAAGAAAAAAAAAAAAUCCACCUUGGGGGGGCGGGUGUUCAAAUAAUAAUGUGGAGAAGAUGUGAAAAGCUCUGAUCUGUGACGAUGCUGGUCUGUGUGUUCAACGGAUGCUGAAAGAGGAUCAGAACAAAAAAAGAAGAAAGGGGGGAAAAAAAAAGACUUUUUGAAGAAACGUCAUCUCAAAAGUACAAGCGGAUAAAUUGUUGUUGCUUGCAGUGCCAAAACUGACCAAGAGAGGGCAGCCUGGUGCAGAGCCAGUGCUGUGAGGAGUCUGCCAGCACUGACACUGGAAGCGUCCAGGACAAUGUUUCAGUAUUCCAAUGUGCAACACGCAGGUUGCCAAUUUCUUUGUUUUCUGGGGGGAACGAAGACUCAAAAGCAAAAUCCCCAGAAAGCUGUGCGGUCACAAAGAAAUCCGCACUUUGAUUCUUUCAUCACUGUUAUUUCUUUAAAAUCUUUUUUCCGUUUUGUGUGAAGUGGAUGCUGUUGUUAGCGGCAACGGGGGCGGAAUCAUUACAGGGCCGUUUUUGUUUUUGUUUUAAACAUGUGCCUGAACUAUCUAGCACAGUGUGCAAAUGUGCUGAUGCUGCUGCUCCCGUGUUCUAUUCAGCGAGGUCAUAUUGACCUUCAAAUCACCACCUCAGCCCCUAUCCACUAAAAAUCCACUGCAUUACCCCCCACCGCCUUCCCAGAUUUCAAACGUCUAAGUAAGCUAAUCCACGGUCUGUGAAGACCAUGAGAAACUUCGGUGAACAAUGUCUGAGCCCGUCUUAAGUUUGUUUGUGCGGAUGAUUUUGUGUUCAUGAUGACUGAGGUGUGGCCGAAUGUGUUGUGUGUAUUUUCUGGAAUGAUGGCGAUGGAUGGCGGGAAUACAUCUUUGAAUUUCAUGUGUCAAAAAAAAAAAAAAGGCGAGGCAUUCUGAAGGAAAGACUUCUUGCUUCUGCUGUAGCUCUGAUAUUGUGAUGUUUGUAGUUUCUUUUGUGAUGUCUUGUUUUUCUAGCAAAAGGGUGAGGUCAACUAAAAAAACAAAACAAAAAAGGAACCAGGUUUUCCAGGCGGGGAGGGCGAGGGGAUUUGCUUCCAGUUGCUCCGACCACUCCCACCUGUCUUCCGUUCACCCUCAAACUUUCUAAGAUUUUGGAUUGUGAAUUUUACCAGUAAAUAAAUACCUCUUGUGUCUUUCCUCUAUAAAAUAUUUAAGAAGUGCUCUUUGGAUAGUAGAGACUCUUUCCGCGUUCCCGUUGCUAGGGGACCGUACUGGCCCACCAGUUUGGAGCACGCUGGUGUAGUUGUGCUUAUUUCUCCGCUGGUGAAGUCUAGCAGAGGUGUGACUCCUCUGUCUUGUUUACUAAACCAGUAAAGUACUGCGUGCUUCUGAGAGUGUAUUGAGAGAACUGGGACAGGUGAAUGACUGAUUGACCUAUCGAUUGAAGAAGAGGGUGUUUUAGAAUAGAAUGGUACAUUUGGAAGUGAUUUGAGAGGAAGUGGAGUUUUUUUCCCUCCCCCGCAACAUCUGACUGAUGUCAGUUACUGACACUUUGUUUUUUUUUUAUAUAUAAAAAUGUUAAAAAGUUAAUUAAAAAAA